AUGACAAAGCCGCUAGACCUGAGCCUCCCAACGGCUCUCAUCCUCAUUGACAACCAAUCUGGUUUCACCCACCCCGAUAAUCUCUCUCACUGGGGCACAGGCCGGUCCAACCCACUGUAUGAAGUCAAUAUCCAGGCCCUCCUGUCGGCAUUCCGAUCAGCCCGAACGGCAUCUUCAACCUUCAUGGAAAUAAUCCAUAUCUUCCACUCAUCUGUGACGCCUGGAAGCCCACUGCAUCCAUCUCACCCAAACAACGGCAUCCGCCCGCUAGACUUUGCUAUCCCCGCAUCAGAUGGCUCGGAGCCUGUUUUCUGGAAAUCAGUCAAUUCCUCUUUUAUCGGAACUGAGCUGGAAGCGCAUCUAAGAGAGAAAGAUUUCCGUCAGAUUAUUGUUGCCGGUCUGACGACUGAUCAUUGCGUCUCUACUACCGUGCGCAUGGCGGCGAAUCUGGGUGUCGUGGACCGCAUGCUUGAUGAGGGGCCCGUGAAGAUUAAGUCUGACGGUACGCAUGUUAAGGAUGUGCGUGUUCAGAAGGGACGUAUUGUACUUGUUCCGGAUGCGACUGCUACGUUUGGGAAGGCAGGGUUUGAUGCUGAGACUGUGCAUGCGGUUUCGGUGGCGAGUCUUGAUGGGGAGUUUUGUGAGGCUAUUCGGGCAGAGGAAGCUGUUAAGAUGCUACGAAAACAUUAA